AUGGCCCUUGGCAUAAAGAGCAAUGUAGAAAUGAAGCAAUGGGAAAAGCUACGCCGCGUCUCCUCGCGGAGUCCGGGUUCACCCUGGCGCUCCGAGCCCGCGCUGCCCUCCGCCGCCGCUUCGCCUCUAACCAAACCAACUCGCUCCAACUUUCCGCUCCCGGGCUCCAGCAGGGGCGCCCUCUGGGCCACCGACUGCGGCGAGCAGGAGCGACCCUGGCCCCGGGACCCCAGAGCUGCGCGCCCAGCUUCGGGCCGAGCAGACGCGCCCGCUACCCCCGGCCUCCCGAGCUCGCAGCACCGCGGUCUCCAAGCUCCGCCCGGCGCUGCGCCGCGCCCGCCCUUGGCUGCUAGCCUCUGGGACCCGCGUCUCCGGACACCAAGCCCUCUCAACUCCCACCCUCUCCACCCCUGGGGCAGCUCACACGAGCCCCGGAGAGAAAGCGCUGCCCGGGUCUCCCCAUUACACCGGCCGCCGAGGGUCUGCACCACCACCAGCCGCCCUAAUUCACGCUCAUUCAUAUUCAUCCUCGUUCUCAUUCUCUCUCUUCCUCUGCCUCUCUCUCCAAAGACUCCUAACAAGACAGGCCGGGCCUCCUCGGUGGCACUCCCUUUCAUUCAUCGCCUCCCACCACACGCACACGCACACACAGGCGGACACACACACACACACACACACACACACACACACACCCCAACCCAGACAGCCCACUCCACUUUUCAGACGCCCACCUCCUCCAUACUCCCCUCCCCUAAACAGACUUCCACCCACUCACCAUCUGUAGCCUCCCUUCCGCCCCCCGCCCCGCCCGCCCGGCUCCCUCUCCCCAAGAAGCAGACCUGCACAGUGGGAGGCAGGGACCCCGCCAGACGCUCGGGUCGAGCGCGCCGGACUGACCUCUGCCCGCCCGGGAAACUAACAAAGGCGGUGCGCUCGCCCGGACCCCGAGAGCCGCGAGCGGCGGCCGCGCGGCGGGGCGAGCCUGGGCCGGGCCGGGCGAGAGCCGGGCGGGGGCCGCUCCGGAGCGGGGAGCAGCGGCGCCGGAGGACGCGGAUCGCUCCCCGCGCGCGCCGCUCGGACGCCGCCGGCACCAUGGGCUGCUGCACCGGGCGCUGCUCGCUCAUCUGCCUCUGCGCGCUGCAGCUGCUCUCAGCGUUAGAGAGGCAAAUCUUUGACUUCCUUGGCUUCCAGUGGGCACCAAUUCUUGGAAAUUUUCUACAUAUAAUAGUCGUCAUAUUGGGUUUGUUUGGAACCAUUCAGUACAGACCUCGAUAUAUCGUGGUGUACACAGUAUGGACUGCCCUCUGGGUCACCUGGAAUGUGUUCAUUAUCUGCUUUUAUUUGGAAGUAGGUGGGCUCUCUAAGGAUACAGAUCUGAUGACAUUCAACAUUUCUGUGCACCGGUCGUGGUGGCGGGAACACGGGCCUGGCUGUGUCCGAAGAGUGCUUCCUCCGUCCGCCCACGGCAUGAUGGAUGAUUACACGUACGUCUCUGUCACAGGCUGCAUUGUGGACUUCCAGUACCUAGAGGUCAUCCACAGCGCUGUCCAGAUACUACUCUCUUUGGUUGGUUUUGUGUAUGCCUGUUAUGUGAUCAGUAUUUUCAUGGAAGAAGAGGACACCUUUGAUUUCAUAGGUGGACUUGAUGCACGCUCCUACUACCAGGAUCAUGUUGAGUUAAAGCCUGUUAACCUGUCGAAAUAAGUAAUGACACUGACUCUGAAACACGGCUGCUGAACUUGAGUUAGGAAGCAAAGCACCACUGAGAGCACCUCUCUGCAUUGGCACGUCUCACUUCCUCCCAGAGGACGGACCGCGCCUCCCUACUUCCCCAGGAAUCCCGGAGUUCUUGGGUCACAGCCUAUGUAUUAUUAGCAUUGUUCACUAGAUGAGUUGUAGGUGACUGGGUGGGUAUUUUUUUAAGUCAUUUUCUUCUUAUAUGAAUACUUGUAAAUUAUUUUAAAAAUUGGUCUUUCAUUUUUUAACAAUAUUUACUGUGAGGCAUGCAAAACAAAAACACUUUGUGAAAACCUUCUACAGUCAAUUCUAAGAGAAACACUGGUUUUUGUAUUGAGGUGUUAAGUCGGUGUUGCUGAUGACCUGAGUUAUCCUAUGCCUGAUGGAGUUUACAUUAACAGACAUUACCGGGGGCUACUCAAUAUGAAGUUAGAUGCUGUGACAGCUGAUAAAUGGGUGCAAACAGUGGAUCCGGCCUUCAGACUGACCAUGGGUCAUUUUUUCAACACCAUAAGACAAAACAUGAAGUCCUCCUUUGUUCUCAACUUUCCAAAAUGCAGAACACCAUCACGUCAAUCUAAAUUCUCAGAUUCAUGCAUAUUAUCUUGUUCUUCCUGUAUUCUGAAAAGAACGUAUCAUGGGGAGUAUAGAAGAGUAUGAUUAGUAGAAUACCUUUCCCCUUUGGAGGUUAUAUGGGUAUCUCUGAUCUUCAUAUUUUCUACUCUUUAUCCCGGUUCUGACAUUGGUGUCAGACCUAAACAUACAGCUUGUGGAGUUGUGGAACAGAAAUCACAACCAUAAAUCUGCAAUCAGGAAUAUUGCUCUUAAGAUAUUCAAAAGGAGCAUUAAAAUGGUAUGGAAUUCUCUAUAAAUGCUCCUAAAAAACAUAUUUAUACUUGCUCUACAUCAAUUUUUCUUUUUCUUACCCCAUCCCAAUAACCAAGAAAGUAAUAUGGGAAACAUCACUUUCCAGGGAAAGAAGGACUGUUUUGAAAACACAUCAUAGCUUUUUCCUUUCAUAUCUUUCAAUGACUAUUUCCCAUAUCAAAAUAAGUUUUGCUCACUUUGGAUAGCAACCAAGGUGAGGCCCCCUAUAGACCACAAAAUUGUGUACAUGUGUACACAAUCCGGAAGUUGUUAACUUGGCCCAUACGUCUCUAACAAGUCAGUCUAUAAACUAUUUAAAAUCGUGAGCAAAUUUUUAUGUGGGUAUAGAGGUUCCUUUUUUCUUGUUUUUUUGUUUGUUUGUUUGUUUGUUUGGAGUCCGUAUAUUUUUAUGAGACUCUGUUAAGAAUCAGAACUAAUACAACAAAGUGCCCUGGUUGCUCCCAUCUCAUGCCAACCACUGUGGGCAUUCCAGAAGCCCAUUUUAGUCACUAGCCUUUGGAUUGUGCCCCAUCAGUCAGGUGACACACAUUUAAUCCCAUCAUGUUUCAUUCUACUAAAUGAACCUGAAUGCAAAAUGACGAGGAGCUCACAGGGACCCAGGAGAUGGUCAAAUCCAAACCACCCCUUCACAGUUCAGGGAUCCGAAGCAUAGGGGAUUUGGUGGCCUUGUCCUGAGUCCUGCAUGUACACACAGGGGCAAGAGUCAUGGGAGGGGGUGGGACCUUUGGAGGGCAAAUGGGAGGGUUUGGACCCAGCACUGUGGCCUUGGAUAGUGUUGGACACCGUUGCCCUGGAACUUUCCUCAUCUGGGAGGUAGAACUAUAAUCCCUACCUCCCAAUGAAGAGGUGAGAAUCAGAUGACAUAUAAAAAAUAUCCCAGACACUGUGAAGUGCUCCACAACUGAAAAAGGCAGUUAUGAUUGUAGUGUCAGCACAAGUGGGACCCUGUCUGGAGCUCUCGCCAUACAGCCAAGUGCUGUGAAAAGCCCAUGGAAACAUCAAACUCUUCUAAGUUUUCUAAAAAGCAGCUGGAAAAAAUUGCCAUGUUAAAGCAAUUAGAAAUAGUGAAGACUGAAAGUUGCAUUUCCUAAUUAAAAAAAUAACUUUUGUUUAUUUCAAGACUAAUACAUAUUAUUACUAUGGGUAAAGCUAAUAAAAAUAUCAAAAAUGUAGAAAGUCAGUAAGACAGAAGAAUAAAAUUAAUAUGUGAGUAUUUUAAACAGUCAUUGCAUUAGCCUCUCACACGUGCACAAACAAAACAUAGUUAACAUUUCACAAAACGGCACCAUACUAACUUUUGUUGUGUUCUAUCUUCAUGUAAAUGUGUACAUACUGGUAAGAUGCACGGGAGAGUCCUAGAUCUUGUCUAACUGAUUUGAGGAAGAAAUCCUUACAUUAGUGAUUUUUUUCUAUGGAUUUCCAAUAUAGGCAACUACUUAAUAUGGUAUCCCAGCAAUCCAUAAUGAUAAUUCUAAAGUUCCGGAGACCUGACCUCUCAUCAGAGACAAGUUAGAUCGAUCUCCUCUCCUUCUCACUUUUCUUCUCCCUACUUCUCCUGUCCUGGCUACUACUUAGAGAUUCUGCUUCCCGUGACAAAGGGAUGAAAAGAAGUGCUGAGCUUUGCGGUGACCCUCAACAGUCACCCUUGAUCCGGGUCUUUCCACACAGUGGUGUCACGGCCGCUGCUUCUGAGGAGUGAGCGCGUCGGGUUCUUGCAGGUUUUGCCUCCUGUUUGGGGGAAGCCAUCCAGCACUGUGCAUUAUGUAGUGGGGCUUGAAAGCCCCACACAUGUUCAUGAUGUCUACAGUCUUGCCAAAGCUUGGCUUCUCCAUGUGCAGCGGGUGCCUGGUCAGAGUGAGAGAAAAUGAAUGUGUGUCCAAGCCUGCCCUCAUCUGCCAGAACCCCAGCAUCCUGAACGAUGGUGCAGCUCCAGGUUCAAGUGCCCUCCUCAGAAGUGGUCCUGGGAAAAAGUGAAGAUGGGACAUCCACUGCCCGUUAGCCCCUAGUGCUGACUGGAAUGUACAAGGGGAUACAGUGUACACCUUGGUACUGUGUCCUGUAAAAUCUUGGUGAGCACUGCCCCAGGCUGUGUCUUCUAUCCUGUGUGGAUGACUUAUCCUUUCUGAAGUUUCUUCUGCUAGCAAUGUGUGGAGGCACAGACAGCUGGGAUAGUUUGCAGUUUACCUUAUAUUAACUUCAGCUUCCAGUCAUAGCUCAUGACUGCAAAAGCUGAGCAGGGAGCUAUGGCUCCGCUGCUCAACUGGGCUAUAUGCAGCCCGGUUGAUGGGCUGUUGGAGCAUUGCCAGGAGACAGGCUACAUCUUGGGGUGUGGAAUGGCCUACCAUCAAGGAAACCUCAAACAUUUCCUAGGAAAAGCUCUAAGCUAAUACAUGCCCAGGUAUCUUAAGACUUUCACCUCCCUGGGGCACCUGGGCAGCUCAGUCAGUUAAGUGUCUGACUUUGGCUCAGGUCAUUCUCUCACGGUUCAUGAGUUCGAGCCCUGCAUCGGGCUUUGUGCUGACAGCUUGGAGCCGGGAGCCUGCUUUGGAUUCUGUGUCUCCCUCUCUCUCUCUCUGCCCCUCCCCUGCUCAAAUUUUGUCUCUCUCUCCCUUUCUCAAAAAUAAAUAAACAUUAAGACUUUCACCUGCCAUAUAACAUGAGGGUAUGUGUCCCUGAAACAAAAACAUAGGUUCAUACCACUCAAAAACUGACAGGCUUUUGACUUACUUGUUUGAAGAUAACUUGACAUCUUGCCCUACCAAAAUAUUGACUUCUUUCUUUUUUUUUUUCCCCUUCAGAAAAAUAAGCCCUGCUAUUUCCCAUAGACCUAAAUAAGGAAGGUAGCCAGCUUCAGGAGGCUGGAUCUAACAAAAUAUAGCCGGGCUGCCGUUUGUCUCAAUGAAUGGGACGCUCAUGAUUGAGAGGAAUUUGUGUUUAGUGGAACCAGCUCAAAUGUGUGUUGCAAAGCUGAGGAAAACCAUCUUGACUCUGCUAAAAUGAGAAGCAAAUAAAAACCAAAAUUGCUCUUUUCAAUCUUUGCAAAUUAGAAGGGAAUCUUGCCAAAAAUAAACAGAUCUUCAUUUGAGACCUGAUGUAAAAAUUUAUACUCUCCCAAAAUGUGGAUUCACUAUGGAGUGAAUAUUCUGGCUUAUCAUUUCUGAGUUACUUUAGUAUGUAACUAGGAGAACUUUUAUAGUUGAUUGGAAUUCAAAUGUUCUACCUUGACAUUUUAGCUCAAGGUAGUAGCUCCUUUCAGGGGAUAACUGAAUUAAGUAGGAAAAAAUACAAAUAAUUGAUCUUUUUAAACUUAGAAACCUUGAACAUCCAUUUUUCUUGUUUCCUUCCCAUUUAAGAGUCAUCUGCAACCUUUGCUGAAUAGGUUUGUGAAAGUGUCCAUGAACCCUGUUCAAAUAUUCAUGAUAAAUGGACCCACCACCUAAGGAUGUUAUGUCUAAAGAAAUCACUGCUCAUAUAACUGCAUAGUGUGCAAUGAAGAAGGGGAACAGGUAUAUUUUAAUUAUUAGAACAAUAUAUCUAUUAAUAAAAAUUUUUCCAGAAAACAAAAUUCUCAAAAAUUUCAAAAUUUGUGGGUAGCAUCCCUCUUAUCAUCCUAAAGAAUCUUAAGCUUAGUAUCUUUGAGAGCUAAGAGGAGAAAAGCCAUUUCUAGAAGGUGGAUAAGCUUUCCUAGGAAUCAAUAUUUCUAGAAAAAUUUAGGGUCAGAUGAAAAAUGAAUCAUCUUCCUUGGACUUGAAAGCAUAUAAAAGGCAAGAAUCAUGUUAAAUGCUAAACCUUAAAAAAAUAUAUAAGAUACUCAAAGAAUCCAAAAUAUGCUCUGGUUUAAACUUGAGAGCUAAAUUAAGAAAAAAGAAGGAAAAGAAAUAAGGCAGGAAAGAGAAAAGGGAUGGAGGAAAGGGGAAGAGAAAGAAAGGGACAUAGAAAGGAAAGAAGGAAGAUCCAAAAUUGAAAGUCUACUUAAUUUGGGUUCGGACAGGUCAGUCUUUCACUCAAAGUUGUUGUACUUGUUUCCUUGAGUGACUAACAACAGUGAACCUUUUCCAUUUAGGAAAUGCUUUUUCUUUCCUCUCCAGUUAGGUUUCGUUUUGGUUUUUUGUUUUGUUUUGUUUUUUUUAUAAAACACUUUGAAGAAACCAAUGAUCUAUCUAGUUAUUCUCAUAGAACUAGGUUUGGCAGACAACUUUGUCAGUCUGUAUUAGUUAGGAUUAGGUUUACCUACAAGUGACAGAAAGAAAGAAAGAUAGAAAGAAGAAAGAAGGAAAGAGAGAAAGAAAGAAAGAAAGAAAAGAAGAAAGAAAGAAAGAAAGAAAGAAAGAAAGAAAGAAAGAAAGAAAGAAAGAAAAAGAAAAAGACAAUGGCUUAAACAGGAUAGAGCUCUAUGCCUCUUUAUAUUUCAAAACUCUGGAAAUCAUCAGCAAAGAGCUGGACUCGGAUUCCCUGGAGACAAGGACCUAGGUUCAUUCUCAUGACUUCAUUAUGUGUCCUGCCAUUCUCAAGGCAUAACAUGACUCAAGAUGGCUGUGAAAGGUCCAGCCAUUGCUUUUUUAUUCCAACCAAAACUGAGGAAAAAGGAACAGAGAAUGGUGCUUCUUUCAUUUAAGGACCUGUCUCAGAAGUUGCACAUACGACUUCUGCUUACAUCCUAUUGGUCAAGUUUUGACUAAUGUUAGCUUCAAGGAAAAUUUUGACUAAAUUUAACUGCAAGGAAAAGUUGGGAAUUAUCUUUAUUCUUCAUAGCCUUGUGCCCACCUAAAAAAUAGGGGCUUCUUUCUUAUUAAGAAAAGGAAAUGUGUACUGAAGAAUGCUUAGCAAUCUGCCACACAGUUCAAACUAGUUCUCAUAACUUUUUGGAAUAACGUUUUCAUUUACUUUAAUUAUAAUAGAUACUUGAAAAAAUACGUACAUUCUUGAAUACUGUGAGAAAUUAAUCACUAGCUCUGUGAAAUGAGAAUUUCUACCUCAUCUUUCUGCCUUUCUUUCUAGAAAGAAAAAAUAAAUCUAGGACUCAAGAUCCUUCUAAGUUUUCCAUAAUUCUGCAGGGUAUAUUUUAGCUUUCCUUUUCUGGAAACUGAAUUUAAUACUUAGGAGCCAAUCUAAUGUUUUGCUUGGUCCUCACCAUUGUGCUAUGAAAAUAAGUCUUUUCUUCUAUGGUCGUAAAUCUUCAACUAUUUUAUUUUAGCAGCAUCUUUUCUUCUCAAUUGAUUAGUAGUGUCUUUAUUUUCUUUUUUAUUCAAUUUGACAAAUAUGUAUGGACAUUGAUGCUUAAAAAGGCAAGGCGGGAUAUAUAGUGAAAAGCAAACAAUCCUUCCUUUUUUGUUGUUUUCUCUCAGUAGAAGUUUGGCCUGUGUUUCCCUUCAUCUGUUUAUCAAAAACAUAUUGGCCAGAGUGGAAUGAGUGUUUUAAACUCCUUCAUAGUCUGUUUCUGUAAGAAGAAAAUACAACUGAAGGAAAUCACCAAAAUAUUGCCAUUACAUUUUAUCAUACAUCCUUCCCAGGCUGGGGUUGGGGGUGGGAGAGAGACAGAGACAAAGAAAACAGAAGCAGGAAAAUCUUACAAAUAUACUUACUAAACAAUGUCCUAUGAAGCGAUUUCAAUCCCUGAAAAGUGUUGGUUAUAUCCUCCUAAUACUCAGUGCCUGCAAAUAUGGCGGCUGUCACUAAUGAUGGAGAUAAGAUUGGUUGACUUAUUCAUGUCAUAGACACACUUCUACCCACAAACUUCAACACUCAAGUCUACCUUUUCUAAACAAUCGCGUUGCUAAAAUGUGCCACAUGACCCAUGUCCCUUAACAAAGAGCAGAAGAUUAUUUUAAGAGAUAAAAGUUGAAAAAAAAAUAAGAUGCCUAGAGCAAGAAGCAAGAUGCCUUGUGCAGGAUCAAGUUGUAGAACUGAAAGCACCUCAGUGAUUCUUUUGUUCAGUUUACAGACGAGGAGACAGGCUGGUAGCUGCAGUGGCUUCUCCCAUGUGCCAUUGGGUCUGUUAUACAACUCUAAGCCUACCAUCUUUCCUCUAUCAUUGGUGGCCGGUCACCAGCUGUCACAAGUCCUGACUAACUAGGCUUUGGCUGUUGAUUGCAGUCUGAUGGUUUUUCACCUUGUCUUCAAGGCUCAGGACAGCUGAGGAAGACGCCUACUGUUGGCUCCUCCCCUUCCCCCUUCCCUGUGCUUGGAUCUGAGCAUCAGAAAGUCCCCUUCCAAUGGGCUUUCAGCCUGCCAUUUUGUCUUCUCAGGACAAACAAGAAAUCCCAGACCUCAGGUCCCUGCUCAUUGCUUCCCCGAAGACAUAACAGCUCAGUCCUGCCUGCCUUCUUCUUUCUUUACUUAUGAUGGCUUGAACAUGAUUCCCUCUGACCUUAUCAAACCUUCUCAUGAUUCUUUGUCAACCAGCAGAACUACUGGAUGUCAGUGUCUUUUAAAGACUUUAGUUCAUGAAGAAGCAAUUUUGCAAAUAAUUGCAUGAAAUCGCUUUUUAACUGCCUCACAUAGUUUCACUUCUUGUAAGCCUCUUUUUUCAAAGGGAAUUGUUCUCUUCCCCUUCUGGCUUCUUAAAUCUAUCUGAAACCUAAAAUAUCGGUCAUUGAAUGCAGUUGUACAAAAUAGUUUACUUGGAUCGCCUAUGUCCUGUGAAACCAAAAAGCCUAAUCGUUGUGAUUAUUCCUGUCGCAUUCAGAUAAUGACAAUACAAAGAGAGCAUUGCAAGUGUGAAUGUUAAUCAGCUUUCCCAUUGCUUCACCAGAACUUACCUUGUGCUGUGCAACCUUCUCUUUGCACUCUCUAGGGUUUUUAUUGUCAUAACCUGUCACAUUUAACCCACUUAUUCAAGUAUUUAGGUUCUUCUACGGCUUUUCACUUUUGCCAUCAUUUUAAUAGGAAAAAGAGUUUCCUGUGCAAGAGAUUUUUAGGCAAAAUAUAAUAUACAGAGCACCAAGUUCAAUAACUUUAGAGAAUGAAAUUUGGGACAAUUCAUGUGGCAUACCUUGUUUUUAUAGGCCAAGCAAAGCGCAUUAAUUCCAUUCUAUUUAUUGUUUUAAACCACUUGUUUAGUGUGGUGGAUUUUUUAAAAAAUCAAUUGAUCGAUCUUUGGUGUUUUUUUUUUUUAAGAUCACAGAGGAAGCCUAUUGAUUAUGGAACUCAAAUAUCUAAAGUUCACUCAGAAAUCUAAAUUGCUUGGCCUUUUGUGAAGUUUUUUUGUGCUCCGAGGCCUGCAAAGCUUUGCUCUAAAGUCUCUGAGCUUGAAUCACAUGGGUCCCAUUAAUCUCUGUCAAGAAGGAAGUUUGAGGGGAGGGUCGGAAGGCCAACUCCAGAUCCUGUUUUAUUCUUUCCUCAUUUGUUUCAGGGCCCACGGCCAUCAACCCUCCCUAAUUUUAUUUUGCCUGAGCUUCCCAUUUCCAUAGCUAUAAAUAUGGGGCCGCAUGAUACUUGCUACCUCUUAAAAAAAUGGAGAGUUUUCAUUGAAGUUUCCCUGCAAAUCUAAGAUGUCACCUAUAGAUGUUAGCAGCACAGAGUAUUAUUAGCAUCAGUGGUAACUGUAGUAAGACUAUGUCUCAUUUUCUUUUAAAGACAUAGGUAUAUCAAUUUCAUCCUGUCUGACUCAAAGGGAAUUUGGGUGCUAACACUUCAAAAUACUUUUAAGUCCUUAGGGAGAGAAUCCAAAGUGAAAAGUAUUAAUUUCUGAUUCAGUUCCUAAAGCAAAAUGCCUGCCUCAGAAUAACGAAGUUAUUUCUUAUCCUGUGGCAGAAAUGUACAGGUGAGAACUCCCACUGAGACCUUCCGAUCUGAAAACACUAAGGAAUUUCUGCCAUUGUAGCUAAAAAGACAGAAAAAAAAACCUGUCUUCUCACUUGUUCUUACCUUUCAAUUUUUUUCUGAGACUGUCUUUAUGUGACAAGAGCUCAGCUACCUGGCAACCUCGUCUAUCCACAGCAGAACAGAGAACCAAGAGACAAAUGACAAAGUCUCUGACUAUCCCAGGAAAUUUCAUGAAAUCCACACUCUGAAACUCCUGAGUUUUUUUCCAUAGAAAACCUCUUCAACCCUUUAUUUAAAUCCUAAUUACUCUUAACUUAUACACAAUUCUAAUUACCUUCCUGGCCUAGUUUUCAAUCACAUGACAGAUCACAAGCAGAAAAUUAGAAAGGGAGCUAUGCAUAAAAUAAGCAGAAAUACUGAUAGUAAUGUAACAUUCUCUAAAGGGACAGAGACAGAACACUAAUAUAAAAAUCUAUAGCACAGUUGUCUGGGGACAUCUUAGGUGAGAAUGAAUACACUUCGCGGAGUCUGUGGGCAACAUUGCACUGUUUCAGGGAACGGCAUUUUAUUCAUACAAUGAGUCCAGAUUAUCAAUAAAAAUAUUUAUUGGGAAUUAGGAAUGGGAACCCCUUACUCAAGGUACUUACCUUUCAUCCGUCCUAAAAUUAUAUUAUUCAUUUUUAUUUAUGUAAGACAUUUUACUGUCAUCUGGAAAAUUUCUCAGAUAAUCGUAUGGAUCUUCAAUAUCUAUUAUUUGAAUGGGAACCCUUUAAAUGUGGCAUUGCUGUGCCCUUCAUAACCUGCACGUUUUAUGUUGGUCUUACAGUCAAUGCAGUCUUUUCUGAAAAAUAGGUAUGUAAAUUUCACCGUGGAAAACUCACACUCCAACUGGUUACUCGGAGUAUCCAAGUGGAUGCUUAGGCAUUUAAAAGGUUAAAGUGUCUCUUACACCAAAGACAUUCCCUGAAUGUCCUGAGUGGAAGCCACACCCUGGUGAGAAGACAUCUCUGGAAAAAAUGAAUACAUUUUCAGGAGUGUGGGCCUUGGUAUUCGUUCUCUGGAAUUUUCCCCUUUGAUAAAUUUUCCUCUGCCUUCCAGUUGCCAAAUUAUCUCUUCUGGUAGAAUGCCUUGAUUUUUUUCAUUUGCAGAGAUCUCAAAGUCCUAGGCUAUUUUUCAGAGAAAGGAAGCCUUUGAAGACAUCAUGAAUGUGCACACUUUCCCCAAGGGAAGUAGUUCUCCUGCCCACAUUCACCAAAACCUCCUUCGUGGUGCCUAUUCAGUACUCCAUAAUAGGAAAUCUCUUCUCUGUUGAUAGUGGCAGCUUGUAUCAAACUGGGAUGUAUCGUUUCUUCUUCACUCGUGGAUGAUUCUGAUUUGCUCUUUGGGGUGUAAAACCGACCGUACCCGGAAGAUACUAUCGGUCUCAAAGUUUCUCUGAAAGUGGGGGCCAUAGUAGCAUUUGCUACACCAGCUGCAUAGCCGAGACAGGAUCAGAUGACCUCCACACCAUGCACCAGUAUCCACUAGUAUGCCAUCUCGAUGGCAACCUAGAACUGUUGCUUCUUUCUUUCAAAUCACCCCUGCUGUACGCCUUCUAUGUGUGAGGUACGCAGGCACUAGCUAUAUUCAGCAAAAUCGUAACAGAGUUUUCCUGCAAGGAGCUUACAAUCCAGUUGUCAAGAGGAGUAUUAACCUGCGCUAAUGUCUGCCAGCACCCUGCAGAGCCGGGCCCUAAUGGGAGAUGCUGGGACUUUCCUUCCUCUGAAUCGAGAGUCCCAGCAAUCUCAAGAGAGAGGAGAGCCCAUGCACAACCCUCCGCCCCCUUCCCUGUGAUUCAACAAACAUUUAGGGAGCAUCUACUUGGUGCGAAAAGCUGGGGAGUGACCAAAACAAAUCAAAUACACAUCUUUGCCUUGAGGAGUUUACAAAAACAGUCCCAGUAGCUUUCAGGUGGUCUGUAAAUUGCCUUCCUUGGGUUCAGUUCUGGAAACGACACCUGUGCACUCCAUGAUCUUGAAGUCACUAGGCCAUAGACAGCCCAUUCAUUUGGGCAAAGUACAUGCCACAUUUUUUUGUUUGAUUUUAUGAAAAAGCGCAUUGACAAAAUGAGCCCAGUAUUGCUGAAUAACAAACCCCAGAAUGCAGUCACUCAUUGCAAACAAACCAAUGCAAAUCUGGAGGACCUCUGAAUUUGCAUUAAACGUAGCCAGUCUACAGCUUCUAACAGUCAGAAGCAAUCACGGCCACUGCUUGCUAAAGUGAUAUCAACAGACGUCUGCUUGUUCUAUCUGUGGUGAUCUGAGAGUGCUGCCCUAGGGCCUUGCUGGAUGGGUCAGUGUUUACAUAAAAACCAGAGCAGACAGGUACGGGAACUCACCGAAAAAGAGCAAAAGCAAUGCUAAACGCAGUCCCCAGGCCACCGUGGCAUAAUAUGGGAGACUACGCAACACAUAAUUCUUUAAUAUUGUUUCUAACAAACUGGAUGUUGUUAUUAUUUUCCUGCAACAACUGCUACUGCUAUUAUUAUUGAGGGCAGGAUAACAGUAUUUAAUUGGGGAGAAUGACUUUCUUUGUUGCUGUGACCACUGGUAAGAAAGUUAGUUUGCUCUCACAUUUGUAAUGGCAACACUGCCAUCUCGUGGAAAAUAUUGGAAGUACCUAAAGCAUUUCCUUUUUAUUUCCAAGGCGAGGAUCUGCUGGUUAAGAAAACAGGAAAACAAGGAUAUUGCACCUCCUAUUUCUACCUAUUUUUAACUUUUAACAUUUUUACCAGCAGAAGUCAUUUAAAAAGAAAGUUUCAGUCUUGAGCAAUUCUUAAAUCGCUUGCCAACCUAGAUGUGUCUCAAUCUCGACACUGCAAGUUCAUGUAGAACUCUUGAACGAUAUUUUGUACCGAUAGGAAUUUCUACUGCCCCCUAACACUGUGUAGUGACUUCACUGUAUAUUAACUUCUUUUCUACAGAUUUUUGAGCUACCAGGUGAAUUAAUUGAAAAAGUCGAAUCCUGUUAGGCACCACCUUAGAUGAUGCUGGUAGCCUGUGAAAAAUGAAUGUCUUUUUUCUUAUAUAAACCGGUAACAAGACUUGUUUUCACAAUUCCUUUUUACAUUUUUGUGCAUAUAAUACCUGUAUAUUAUACUCAUAUUCUAAAGUGACCAGAAAGUGUUAUUUAAUAGAAACUACAUACAUUUUUUAUGUCUCUAUAGACGCUUUGAUUCUGGGUACAUUUACAAUAAGUUAGCAGUAAAAUAGACUAUUCUUUUCAAGUAUGAAUAAAAAUGUACAUUGAAGUAAAA